CGGAAAUGGCGGUAAUUUUGUACUAUUCCAAAUAAAAUGACAUGGUUUGAAUAGAUCGAAGUCCCCCAAGUCGAAGUGUAAUCAAGUGUUCCCGACUUCGUCCCAUCGGUAUGGCUCCUCCGUGCUUUUCAAGAAUUUGAGAUUAUUAUAUGUUCCUUGAGUCAUAAACAUGGCGGAUGAUGAAAAUGAGGCCGUUCAAGAUCAUGAGUCCCCUGGAAAGCGCAAGCAUAGGAUCUUGGAGGAAGCAGUCCUGUUUUUCAAGAACUUGAAAAAAGAAGACAACCUGCGUGGUAAUGUGAAACUUCAGUUGUCCCUGGAGAAUAUCAUCAAACACUCAAUGUCGCAUGGCCUGAGCUCAGAACACAUCAAUGAUCUAAUGAAGGUCAUCAUCAACCCACACCAUAAGCUGUCUCAGGGGAUCCGCACCAAGCUUGUCAAGUGCCUGAUCCCGUGCCGGAAAGUCCCACAGACUGCGGCUGUCCUGGCAGUGUUGGCCAUAAGCUCCAAGAUCUUCUCCAGCCCUGGCCCGAGUAAUUUGCAUAGUAUACUCCUUCGUUGGCUCCUCCUCAUAUUCGACCACUUGGAAGGAUUUGAUCAGCUUCAUAACCUGUACAACAUCAUCUUCACAUUUGUCAAUUCUUACUUGUUGCUCCCUCAUGCCUGUCAUUUGCUGUUCCUUCUGACUCGGAAACAUGAUGUGAAACUGUACAAAGUCCACCAACUGCUGGAGCUUUCAAGGAAGUUGGGCCCUGAGCCUUGCAUCAUGGGCUUGCUGUUCAUCUACAAGGUGUAUUGCCCUCACCUGGUGACAAUGAGAUUGGAUUACAGCAAUAAGGUGUUUUUCAAAGCUCAUGAUUCGACUUGGAGGUCAACCAUCAUGGAUGUGGUCAGCCAACAGCAGCAGGAGCCUGAUGAAGGGGAGAAACGAAGUGCCACUGAGAUUGCAUAUCGGAGAGGGAAGGAGAGACGGGUGCAAGUAAUGAGUUUUUUUCUUUCUCUCAGUCGUUUUCUUUCUGUACAGGAUCAAACUUCAAACACUUUGAGAACGACUGCGGCUUUGCUUCCGUUCAGAGAGCUGUUGCAAUACAGGUGUGAUUGACUUCGUCCGUUAUAGCUAAAAGAUCUUGCACAUAACUUCACCAAAUUUUUUAUGAAGCGAAACAAGUGAGUCAACUGUUGGCUCCAUGCUUCCCGUAGUUUGUAACCGAAAAACACUGGAAAUAU